AUGCUUUUAGAUGCUCCGAAGCCGUAAUGUGGACUAACGAUUUUGAUAAAACCGUCUCAGAAAGGACGCCUUCAUGUAUCCAGUUUUGAAAUCGUGCUUUCAAAACAACUUUCGACCAAGCUGCGAAAAUGAGCAAUUAGUACUCUCGGCAGUGUCUUCCGUACUGUUGUUGCUUCUAAGGCUGCCGUUCCUCUUUCCUUCGGUCGCGUACCUCUCUCUCUCUCUGAAAUCUCAAUGGCAUUCUCAGCAGAAGAACACCAGGAGCAAAAGCCGAUCUCCAAAAACCUAGCUAAAGACGAAGAAGAAGAAGAAGAAGAAGAGGAAGAGGAAGAGGAAGAAGAGGAAGAAGCUUCAAAUGGCGAAGAGGAUCCCCUUGUAGUAAGUAAAGAAUCUAAGCUGCAAACGGAAAUGAACAAACUCGACAAUCUUUUCCGCCGAUUGUCCGCGGAGAGGGUAACCCUAAGGGUCCAUGACGUCCUGAUCAAAGGCAACGCCAAGACCAACGACUCCCUUAUCGAAGCCGAAGUCGAAGCCCUAAAGAGCGUCACCACCAUGCAGGAGCUUCUCCAGGCAGCCGGAAUCGCCAAUGCACGUCUUCAGCGUCUAGGAAUAUUCGAUUCCGUCAAUAUUACGCUCGAUUCUGGCCCUAGGGAGCUCCCUGGCACUGCUAAUGUCAUUGUUGAGGUUGUUGAGACGAAGAACCCCCUCACUGGGGACAUUGGUAUAUUCACGAAGCCGGAGGCUAGAUCUUGGUCGCUUGAAGGAUCAUUGAAGUGGAAAAACUUGUUUGGAUAUGGGGAUGUCUGGGAUGGGUCUCUGGCUUAUGGCUGGGAUCAGACAUCAGAGUUGAGUGCUGGAGUGUCUUUACCCAGAUUCAAAGGACUGGCAACUCCCCUGCUGGCUCGAAUAUCUCUUCUUUCCCAAGAUUGGCUAAAGUUCUCUUCAUAUAAGGAGCGGUCCUUGGGUCUAUCUCUUGGCCUGAUUUCUACCAUGCAUCAUGAUUUAGCAUACAAUCUGGCAUGGCGUACAUUAACAGAUCCAUCGCAAAUGUCGUCCAGGUCAAUAAGGAGGCAGCUUGGUCAUGGUCUACUGUCUUCUCUGAAGUACACAUUUAAGGUUGACAGGAGAAAUUCACCUUUGAGGCCAACUCAGGGAUAUGCUUUUGUUUCUACUUCUCAAAUUGGUGGUCUUCUGCCUGAUCACCGGUCCUUGCGAUUCUUGCGCCAGGACUUUGAUCUUCGUUAUGCUUGCCCUUUGGGGUUUUAUCGUGCUGCACUCAACUUCGGGAUAUCCAGUGGUGUUAUUUUUCCCUGGGGAAGUGGAUUCUUGAACUUGCCAUCACCAUUGCCUGACAGAUUUUUCCUGGGUGGCAACUCUUCUCCAGUAUGCACAGUGGGAGGCCCAACAACAUUAUUAGGGUUUAAGUGUAGGGGAUUGGGGCCAACUGAGCCAAGAAGGCAAAUAAGAGAUAACGCCAAUGGUGAAAGUCCUGAUUCAUCUGAAAGGGAUGCUCUUGGAGGGGAUUUUGCUGUGACUGCUUUUGCAGACCUUUCUUUUGAUUUACCGCUAAAGUUGUUUAGAGAAGCUGGAAUCCACGGGCAUAUGUUUGCUUGCGCUGGGAACCUUGUCAAACUAACUGAGAAUGAAUUCCGGAAUUUCUCUUUGCAUAAAUUCAGGGAGUCCUUCCGAAGCUCUGCAGGAGUUGGGAUUAUUGUCCCCACUAAACUAUUCCGCAUGGAGGUUAACUACUGUUACAUAUUGAAACAACAUGAGUAUGAUCGUGGGAAGUCUGGUGUGCAGUUUUGCUUCUCUUCUCCAGCAUAGAAUCUGAGCUCUUUGGGGUUCGGAAACCUUGGGGUCACACUCAAUGCCUAUAGUAUCCUUGGUAAUUUAACUGGGCCUUUUCUUUGCUGGCGUUGCAGUUUAGCUGGAGAUUUUUUUUUUUUUAAUUUGGGAGGCUAGACAUGCAGUCAAGAAAGAAUGGUGUUUUAUGAGACGCAAUGUGGGGAAUAAGCUGUAAUGAUGUGGUUGCCCUUUAAUGCAGGAUGAAGAAAGCUAGAAACCACGGGAUGGUCCAAUUUUCAGGCCCCAGUUCCUAGAGAUUUUGAUUGUAUCCUUUUUGUUCUCUUAUUGGUAACAGGCAAAUAACCCCCAAUAUCCAAAAUUACAUUCUUUGUAUUGUCAUAUUGUGGAGAUUGUGUGGAAGAUGCUAUUGAUAUUGCAUCUUUCCCAUCCGAAUCAUGGAAAAAGAAAUAACAGAGAGAUACAUGAUGUUAUUGAGUUGUUUUCUAAAA